GAGUAAUGUUUUUAAAAAUGAUAAUGUCAGAUGUUGAAUGUAUAAUUAUUUCUUUUUUUUAAGUGUACAUUCAAUAGGUUUCCCUACCACUUGGUCGUAGUUGAGUAAAUUGCCGAUUGUCCCUUUCCCUUUUCUCGUCCCCAUCUUCUCUGCAGGCGAUUCAGAAAAUCAUCAAUCGAAAUCCAUCGCCAGGAUGCAAGAAACCAACGCCGUCCACCAAGUCCUCGUCAAGCUCCUCGACGGCAAGCACAAAACCCUAAAUUUCCCCUGCCAAUCCGUAUCCGUUCAAGCCCUAAAAGAGCAAAUCCAAACGCUAACCCUAAUCCCUGCCCCUCUCCAACUUUUGCUAUCCUCCACCUCUCGUUGCCCUUUACAAGACCACCAAUCGCUCGAUUUCACGACCGGGUCACGCCAAGCAUCCGUUUCGCAAAACGGGUCGAGCAAUGGGUCCGGCUAUUUCCCCGUGGUGGUGCACGUCUUGCUGCGACUGAGAGGAGGAAAAGGAGGGUUUGGGUCGUUGCUUAGAGGGGCCGCAACCAAAGCCGGGCAGAAAAAGACCAACAAUUUCGAUGCUUGCCGGGAUAUGAGUGGAAGGAGGCUAAGGCACGUGAUGGCCGAGAAGAAAAUGGAGGAAUGGCUGGCUGAUACGGAGGAACGGAGGAUGGAGAAGAUUGCGGAGGACUUUAUUAAGAAAAAGGCCAAGGAGUUUGCUAAGAAGGGAAUGAAUGGUGGGAGUAAGACAGGGGAGAGCACAGAGAAGUAUGUGGCCAAGUACAGAGAGGACUCCGAAAGGUAUGUGCUGGAGAUUGAGAAUUCUGUGAAGGAAUCUCUCAAGGGUUGUCUGGGUUCUAAAAGGAAAGCUGCAGGCCUGAAUAAUAAAUCAGACGCCAAGAAGCUUAAAAUAUGGAAGGGUAAGAGAAAAGUGGAUGAUACUGACAGUGAUAGUGAAGAUUUGGAUGACAGCGACGAUGAAAAAGAUGGAGAAGAUGUGAUUUCUGUUGUUAUAGAUAAUGGGAGUUGUUCUCACUCGAGUGCAGAAGCAAAUGGAAGUGAAAACUCGGUUAUGUUUGGGAAAAGUGAUGGGGGUAGCUCUGAGGAGGAGAAGGUAAAAACUGGAGAGGAGAGUCCUGAAGUUUGUGUAACAAGUACUGAAGUGGUAACAGCUCCGGAGGAAGGGCAAAAGGAGACCACACCGACUCCGGAUCAAGAAAGGGAACUUCAACUUGGAAGCUCCUUUUCUUCGGAAACUAUCAGAUCUGAUAAUGAAGUGGCAUGCUAUUCUGAGCCUGUUCUUGCUGAGGAAGUGGUUGUCGCACCCACUAUCCAGGUUGCUUCUGUGUGCGAUGGAACUUCUGUAUUGGAUGCCGGCAGUAACUCAAACUCUAAUGUUGCUGCCAAAGAAGUAGAAAUUUCUCUAUCUGCUCCCGAGAAAGAUAUCAUUAUGCCCUUGAAUUUUGGUGAAAUUAAUUCUUCUGCAGAACUGGAGGUUCUUGGCAUGGAUAGGCUAAAAUCAGAACUUCAAGCUCGGGGAUUGAAGUGUGGGGGGACACUGCAAGAGCGUGCAUCCAGGCUAUUCCUUCUCAAAACCACACCUUUGGAAAAGCUUCCAAAGAAGCUUUUUUGCAAGAAAUGAGUUUGUAGUUGUUUGGCAUGUACAUUCCGUGUUGAAUGCAAUAUGGAGGACACAAACUUUGUUUUUCUUUCUUUCUUUGUUUUUGGUGCCGAAAGAAUACAUCAAUGAAAAGUAUCUCAAUCUUGUGUACCCAUUUUAAUUGCUGUAAAAUAUAACUAUGGCAAAUUGUGCACUACUAUGUUUGCUUG